AUGUCCAUAUCUUCGGCAUCACUUUUGACCCUUCUGUUGCCCCUGAUUGUGGCCAUUGCUCUGUUGGAAUAUGGACGCAAAGCCAUCCGAUCCAAGUCGCUGCCCCCAGGGCCCUCUACAUCUCUAUUCCUUGGGAAUUUGCACCAGAUCCCCCCCAGCAAAGCAUACCUUCAAUUCCAGAAAUGGGCCAGGACAUAUGGGUCCAUACUGGGCCUGAAAUUAGGUCCACAGAAUUUAAUCAUCCUCAACUCCGCAAGUGUAGUGAGGGAUCUGUUUGAUAAGCGACGAGCUAUCUAUUCCAGCAGAACCCCAAACUACGUUGGUAACCAGUUAAUCACUCGCGACAAUGCCCAUCUGCUCCUGAUGCCUUAUGGUCCAGAAUGGCGUAACCAGAGGAAAGCAUUUCAGUCGAUUCUUAACAUUACAGCUGUAGUCUCUCUUCAGCGUUUACAAGCUGCCGAGGCUGUUCUCACCAUGAGCCAGCUCCUACAAAGCCCUGAGCAGUAUUAUGACCAUAUUCGCCGCUACUCUACAGCCGUCAUCCUCUCUUCAGUCUAUGGAAUUCGAGGUCCCGAGUUUAACCACCCAAAUAUCCAACGCCUUUACAACGUCCAAGAUCAAUUCACUGCCAUCCUGGAAACCGGUGCUACGCCCCCAGUCGAUACAUUCCCCUUCCUCAAGCACCUGCCAACCUUGUUAGCUCCGUGGCGGAAAUGGGCUCUAUCGAUCCGGCGUGAGCAACGUCAACUAUAUUUCGAACUCCUGAACAAUGCAAAAAGCCGGAUACAGCGCGGUGUUCAUCGGAGUUGCUUUAUGGACGAUAUACUUAGUGAAGCUAAGCGAGCCAAGUACUCAUUAGAUGAUGAGCAUACUGCUUAUGUCGGUGGUGUACUCAUGGAGGGCGGGUCGGACACCACUGCUUCUACCCUCCUCUCAUUCCUGAUGGCCAUGAUGAAACAUCCCGAUGUACUUCGCAAAGCGCAAAAGGAAGUGGAUGAAAUCUGUGGACUGCAGAGAUCGCCAAACUUUGAGGACGUUGUUAGGCUAACAUAUAUUCGUCAAUGCAUGACGGAGACGUUGAUAUGGCGCCCAGUUGCUGCUGGCGGUAUUCCCCAUGUGUUGAUUCAAGACGAUACGUAUCAAGGAUACCAGUUUCCAAAGGGAUCGAUAUUCAUUGCGAAUGCCUGGGCAAUUCAUCAUGACCCUGACGUUUAUGAUCGUCCGGAAGAGUUUAGACCCGAGCGAUACGAGGGUAAUGAGUUUGGGUUCAAGGAAGAUCCCCAAGAUUCAAGUAGCUUACGAAAGACAUAUGCUUUCGGAGCCGGAAGGAGGGUUUGUCCUGGUCAGCAUCUUGCUGAGAAUUCUUUAUUGAUCAAUAUGGCCAAGCUUGUGUGGACUUUUAACAUGCUGCCUGGUGAAGAUCCUACUAUUGGGAAGCAACUAUCAUUGUCGGAGAUUGACGACUCCAUGGCGACUGCAUGGACAAAUGGGUUUCUCACGGCUCCCAAGAAAUUCCCCCUAUCCCUGGCGGUGCGGUCCCGUGAACAUGAGCAAGUUAUCAAGCGAGAGUGCUUAGAGGCACAAGAAGUGUUUAAGAACUACGAGGAUUAA